AUGUCCUCGCCCGUCUGGCUUUUGCGGAUAAAUGGCUUCUCCCACAUCCAGAUGCCCGUGGUGUUGCGCUUGCGGCCUGCUCUCCAGCUGAAUCCCUUCUCUCCAUACGUUUCCUCAAUGUUCGAGUUGCCCUCGAGCUUCCCUUCGCCGCUACCGGUCACACCUUCCAUGACCCAGGCCUUCCAGACCUCCGUGCUCUCCUUUUGCCCGUGCGGAAGGCGCCCACGACUGAGAAAAUGGCUACUUUCAUGUCCUCGGGCACCUGGUGGAAGAUGCCACGCAGCGCUUCCUCGUCGAGCAUGA